CGCUGCUGCGGCCGCGAUAUGACCCGGUGAAGAUGGAAUGCCUCGCGUAAUGUUUUCCUUGAUGAGCGGGGUUCAGCGUGGCGCGAAGUCGACGCAACCACUGACGAGAUAUGCACCGGCUUCGGCAUUCAGCUUGCAGUUUGUUCCUUCUUGUGGUGACAACUGCCUCUGCCAGCCAGGAUCAAACUGCGUUCAGUACGGCGGCGAGGAAUGUACUGUACAGAGGCGCAGCUUCACUCACGCUGGAGGUCCUGGAGCAUCACGGUUCCCGACCGGACAGCGGUGCCUCGGAGCAGAGGGAACGCAACACGCUCCUGUCUCCGCUGGCCCUCGCCCUGUCGUUCGCCGUCGUGCUGGAAGGCUCGGUGGCCGGAACCAUAGACCGCAUUCUCGAGACGCUGCACUGGCAGCUGCUCAGGGACCCGGACAUUCGCUACGUCAUGGCGCGCUCCCUGCACCGCCUCUCGCAGCUACCGAAUGACAGCGUCCGCGUCGAGGCGGCCGCGUUCGUGCAGCGCGACUUCGACGUCGUCAGGGCGUACCGGGAGUCCCUGGACACGUACUACGGCGCCGACGUCCUGCUGGUCAACUUCCUCGACCAGAGGGCAGCGCUCGUGGCCAUCAACUCGUGGGUGUGCCGAGUGACGUCACGCGUAAUCCUGAGGCUACUCCUGGACAAGACGUCGGAGGUCGAUUCCAAAUCGAGGUUCGUGGCGACGGGCGUCCUGACGCUGAAGCUGGCGUUCGACCGGCCCUUCCUGAAUCCGAGAGUCCAGCUGCCCUUCUUCACCUCACCAGUGGAAUCGCAGUCCGUCGAGUCCAUGCACACCACGGGAACGUUCGGCUACAAGCGGCUCGCGGACCGUGGCUUCGACGCCGUGGCCCUGCCCCUGCUAUCCGGGAACCUCAGCUUGCUCCUGCUGAUGCCUGUCGACGGUUCCACCCUGGCGGCCGUCCGCAAGACCAUCGUCACGCAUCCGGACUUGCUGCUGAAUCUCGAGGCCGAGAUGGACCCGACCGUCGUGGAGGUCACGCUUCCUCGGUUUAAGGUGACCGCCGUAUGCGGACUCAAGUCGGCACUGACCUCGCUGGGACACGACUUCCUGUUCGACCGCUUCAAAACCAACAUGGGGGCGGUCAGCCGGCACGGUCACGCCUAUGUGUCCAACAUCCUGAACGCCGUGUCGCUCGACGUCAGCCCCGUCACGACGACGACGACGACGACGACAUCCGGACACGAAGCGGACGCUCCGGUGAACGAAGCUACCGACGCCUCGAUGACGAAUCCCGCUGUCGCCUUUCACGUAAACAGGCCGUUCAUCUACGUGGUGGUCGACAAGAGAGACGGCUUGCCUCUGGCCGUCGGACAGUUUGUGGAUCCAUCAGGCACAGCCAACGAGGCUACCAGCAAGUUGUGAAGGCUUACCAGUAGUGCAAUGUCCUCCGAGAUCCAGACGCGCAGUGAGCUCGGAGGCAUUGCGAGUUUUGGCUUUUGGGUGAAAGCGCACGGCUGAGCGUAGGUGAGAGGGUGAAAAAAAGCGCUGGCCUUGAAGUGUACUCGUAACGAACACGGCAAUGAUGCCGCAUCGCUUACUUAUCGCGAAUAACAGGUGCGCCGUCAGUAUUAACGGAACCUGAUUAAAUUCUGCCAGGAAUGCAUUACAACUUGAAGAUAUAGCUGAUAAUUAUGCGAUAGUGAUUAGGAUAAAUGCGUGAUGGGUGAGUUUUGACAAGACCGAACGGAAUUUCAGUCGAAUUUGUUAGUGAUUAUAACUUUGUGGCUGCUAGAAUGUAUUACUGCCCAUGCAAUUUGUCAAGUGAACAUUUCAUUCUGGUGCCCGGUUCUUUACAUAUCAUUUUUUUCUUUCUUACGAAAAUGUUGAUCGGUUAAUUUAUGGUCUGUGACAAUUCUUGCACGUCACUGAAUGUCGCCUUUUACCCAAAGAUGGGAAUAACUCCCGCACCGUCUUUUAGUGCUUAGAUUUUGAAUAAACAAAAGUACCAGUCAGCCAAUAAAACUUUUUAAACCUAUAAAUCUUUACGCGUACAAGUUUCCAAUAGCCGUGAAAACAAGACCUAAUAUUUCCAUGAAAUGGGCGUUAGCGUGCCUUUUAU